AUGGUGCAAGCUGCCGACGAUGUCGACCACACCCUCAUAUCCAACCUUGCGGCUCGUCUCCAGCAUCUCGCGGACGACGUAGAGCGAGUCUACGCCACCGGAUCUCGAAAUGUGCGCACAGUCCUGCGGCGACAGUAUAUCAACACCGUUCAUCCAACAACUGCUCGACCGCUAUGUCGACUUCUUGGCGAGGAUCAACUGAUGAAAGCCCUCCGUCGGUUAUCACUCAAACUAGCUCUUUUCACCCUGGCUCGGGUUUACGAUGAAUGCCAUGUUGCUUUGUGUCGGGAGAUCGCCGCUGCCCGGAAAGGUGAAAUCCUUUACGAGGGGUUCAGACGAAAUCCGUGUGUUGAUCUACGACUUCUUGCUGAUCAAAUUGGUUUGCAUAAGGAGGUUGUUGACGACCAAAUAUUGCUGGAAACCACUUUUGAUGAUGUGGCGCCACUACGGGCCAUGUGGAAGCCUGUCCAUCCCAUGUCCUUUGACAACCUGUCACCGUUGCAUUCUCUUUCCGAUCUGUUACCCGGUGAGCAGUGGCCUAGCCAUGAGUAUGCCGGUAUCGGUGGGGGCGGAGGCUCGGAUAUCAUUAGUGCAAGUUUGCUGGGGCACCUAUUGCGACAGCAUAAGAAGCAAAUGGAUCUUUUGGUCUCGACUCGAACCUGGGCGACGGGAUCUCAGGGCAAAAAGGGGUCAAAGUUGGGGAUCAAGCGUGAGGUAUACAAUCACGGUGGAGCAGUGGAAGCGCACGGGCGACCUGUCGCUGGAACGUUUCGAGUGAAAAAUGACACUACCGCCGAGGGCCGCGAUCUCGAAGCCAUUCCCCUCCCCUAUCAUUCCCAGAUAUUUAUGGUCCUCGACCAGGGCGAAUCUAGGUCUCAGAUCUCCGAGGACGACAAGGCCGAUCUUACCGAUCAAUUUCAUGCUGUGCUGGAUCAGGCUCGGCGUCCAAUAGAAACUGUUCUCAUAGUAGACACAGGUGGGGAUGUCUUCGGCGCCGAUUCCAACGGCGCCACGACGCCAGAUCAAGAUUAUCGGGUCCAGAAAGCAAUCAACCGUCUCUCACCCGAGUACAAUCUCGUGACGGUGGUGGUGGCUCCAGGUGUCGACGCUCCCAAUGACGCGCCGCAAAAGGCCUCAAAAGCUGGUGGUGUGGUUUAUAAACCGACGAAAGACGAGAAAUUGAUGCUUCUUGAUCUGCUCGCGACUAAAUAUAGAAUGGACGGAUCAGACCCCAACCGAUUCGGCAAGACAACACUCGCGUUGCAGGCCCGAUUGCGGGGAGUGGUUGGAUGGACUUCGUUGGAUCUGCCACAUUAUGUCAUUGACACGUGGGAGAAUCCCUGGAACAGCUUCGUGUACAUCCGGGAGUGCAUGAGCGACAUUAUUUUGAUGCCAACACCAAAGUUACUGCCACUGAUUGAGCCGACAAGCGGAAAAGGAAGCCCAUGA